CGCAUAUACAAGGAUCAUGGCGUCCACGGAGUAUUACAGUUCACCAGCUGUAUGUGCGCCUACAGAAAAAGAUUUGACGAAAUUAUCAGAUGAGUUAAACUUAAAAUGUACAUCAGAGGAAAUCAAGUCCAUAGCUGGUAAGGUUUGUAUAAAAUACAGUAUCAACCCUAAAGGGUAACUAGAUUCUAUGUCCGGACAUUCGAUUUUACGGCAAAUGUAAAUAUAUUAUAGUACCUGGAUUUUAGAGAAUGUGAUGAAAGUACAAAUAACAACGUGAAAUGGGGUUUAACGUCCUACUGUUCUGCUCCUAACCUAGGCUAAUGAAGACGGGCAUACGCCAUACAGUGUGUUUAUAGGUGUUCUAGAGAGUAAGCAUACUACAUCCAUUAACUGUUAUCUGUGUAUGCUGUGAUUUUGUGAAACUGAAACUUAUAUUUGACUGAAUAUAUCCUCAUAGCUGUCGUAACAAUGUAAGGCAUGUAUUUAAGAAGUCGUUACUUUUGUGAUAAAAUGAGAUGUUUAACUAACAUUGAUACUGUCUUAAAUUUUAGCACAAUUUAAAAAUGUUUCAAGCUCGUACCAAAGAUUAUCACAGAUUCCAGAACCAUCACUUCCUGUAAAAUAUCACAGGGUUCCUGGUCAUAGGCCAAACGUCGACGACAAUCCUUACAAUGCUUGGUAAAUUAGAUUCCAAUUUCUAUUUUUACGGUGGUAUUAAUCUUCCGUACAGAAUAAUCUUAAAGCCCAAAGAAUUUUAAAUGUAUUCAUGUAAAUGAUUGGCUAAGGGCAGCAGACAACAUUGGAAAGGCCCCACUGCAGUAUACAAUAUAUUAAAGUUCAUUUGGACAUUAAGAAUACUAUUUUAUGCACUUUAUGCACGGCGUUUUCUUGUGUUAUUAGCUUAUUUGCACCAUAUUUACCUAGUAAAUGAAACUCCGCCAGGCAGACAUCGAUGAAAAAUGUUUACGGCAAUAAAAAUAGGCUAAACUGUGAUUUGGUCGCUUAUCAAUUUUACCCAUUCCGUCUGUUUACUUAAGGAGUUGGAAAUGUGAUAUUCAAGGAUCAAAUGUGGGUAAAUUAGUAGGUAAGAAAAUAGGUAUAAAAGAUAACAUUGCUGUAGCUGGAAUACCUAUGAUGAAUGGGUCAAAGAUUCUAGAGGGAUAUACGCCGCAACUUGAUGCUACCGUUGUCACCAGAAUUCUUGAUGCUGGAGGAAGAAUUGUGGGUAAAACUGUCUGUGAGGAUCUUUGUACAGGCGCAUGUAGUUUUACAUCUUCCACUGGACCUGUUAGAAAUCCUGCUGAUGAAACUAGAAAUGUUGGCGGUUCCAGUUCAGGAAGUGCUGCCUUGAUAGCCGGUAAUAAGAUUGACAUGGCAUUGGGAGGAGAUCAAGGUGGUUCUAUCAGAGUACCAGCAUCAUGGUCUGGUAUAGUUGGUUUAAAACCAACCUAUGGUUUGAUACCUUACACUGGCGCCAUGUCUUUAGAAAUAACGCUCGACCACCUUGGGCCAAUGGCUGCUAAUGUUUACGACUGUGCUCUACUCUUAGAGGUUCUUGCUGGUUACGAUGAAGGAAGAGAUCCCCGGCAACCACGAGAUUUGAAAGUAAAGCCUUAUACAAGCCUACUGGAAAUGGGUAUCCAAGGAAAAAAGAUUGGUUUACUUCAAGAAGGGUUUUCAAUGUGUACUCAAAGGGAUGUUGCUGAUAUAGUAGAAAGAGCUGCCAUGAGUUUAGUAAAGGUUGGAGCCACAGUGGAAUAUGUUUCAGUACCUCUUCACUUAGAUUCUUGUGCUAUUUGGACGGGUGUAAGACUAGGCGCAUAUAACAAUAUGAUUCUAGGAAAUGGUAACGGAUAUAACUGGAAAGGUUAUUAUGCUACAAGUCUUCAAGAAGCUUUUUACCGUGGAAGAACGACCCGGCCUUAUGAUUACUCAAAGACUGUAAAAUUGUUCUGUUUAAUCGGUGAAUAUAUGUAUAAGAUGUACGGUAAUAAAUUCUACGCUAAGGGUCAAAAUUUAUCAAGGGUAUUAACGCAUGCAUAUGAUAAAGUACUAGAAGAGUAUGAUGUUUUGAUUCUACCCACAACACCUCACACAGCUUCCAAACUUCCUCCUGGCGAUUGUUCAGUAGCUGGUUACUUUGAGACAAUUUUACCGGUUGGUAAGCUUACCCAAAGUUUCAAUGUUACUGGUCAUCCCGUCAUUUCUAUACCGGCUGGAAAUAGUAAGCAGCUUCCAGUUGGAAUGAGCAUUGUAGGAAGACAUUUUGACGAAGCAACAGUCCUACAAGUAGCCCGGUCUUUCGAGAAAAUAGGGGGCGAAGAUAUUUGAAAAUCUGUUAUGGUUUUAUUAUUAAAAUAUUUAAUGUU